UUUUACAACACGAUCUAAUAAUAAAGAAAAUGAAACAAAAAAAACUUAUGAUUUUAUUUUUCUUUCGGUACUUUCUCGGCAGCUGUUGUCUGUCUGUCUGUCUGUCCCUGUAUUGUAGUAGUAGUAGUAAUAAUAAUAAUAAUAAUAAUAAUAAUAAUAAUAAUAAUAAUAAUAAUAAUAAUAAUAAUAAUAAUAAUGAUGAUGAUGAUGAUGAUAACAAUAGUAGUAGUAGUAGUAGUAGUAGUAGUAGUAGUAGUAGUAGUAGUAGUAGUAAUAAUAAUAAUAAUAAUAAUAAUAAUAAUAAUAAUAAUAAUAAUAAUAAUAAUAAUAAUAAUAAUGAUGAUGAUGAUGAUAACAAUAAUAGUAGUAGUAGUAGAAGUAGUAGUAGUAGUAGUAAUAACAAUAAUAAUAAUAAUAAUAAUAAUAAUAAUAAUAAUAAUAAUAAUAAUAAUAAUAAUGAUGAUGAUGAUGAUGAUGAUGAUGAUAAUAGUAGUAGUAGUAGUAAUAGUAGUAGUAGUAGUAGUAGUAGUAGUAGUAGUAGUAGUAGUAGUAGUAGUAGUAAUAAUAAUAAUAAUAAUAAUAAUAAUAAUAAUAAUAAUAAUAAUAAUAAUAAUAAUGAUGAUGAUGAUGAUAAUAAUAACAAUAAAUGUAGUAGUAGUAGUAGCAGUAGCAGUAGCAGUAGUAGUAGUAGCAGUAGUAGUAGUAGUAGAAGUGGUAGUAAUAAUAAUAAUAAUAAUAAUAAUAAUAAUAAUAAUAAUAAUAAUAAUAAUAAUAAUAAUAAUGAUGAUGAUGAUGAUAAUAAUAACAAUAAUAGUAGAAGUAGUAGUAGUAGUAGUAGUAGUAGUAGCAGCAGCAGCAGCAGCAGCAGCAGCAGCAGCAGCAGCAGCAGCAGCAGCAGCAGUAGUAGUAGUAGUAGUAGUAGUAGUAGUAGUAGUAGUAGUAGUAGUAGUAGUAGUAGUAGUAAUAAUAAUAAUAAUAAUAAUAAUAAUAAUAAUAAUAAUAAUAAUAAUAAUAAUAAUAAUAAUAUAAAUAAUAAC